AUGGCAAUCAAACAUUAUUAAAAUGAUGAACCUCUUUAUAUGUUAAAGGGAUUCAAAAUACCAAUACUUAAUACAUAUAUUUAAGAACCUUAUCUAUCACCAUAAAAUGUGAAGUAAUAAUUAAGUUCAAGGAGUAAUUAAUAGUAAUAAUUUGAAUCUACAAUUACCAAAGCUAUAACAACAAGUAGAGAAUUUCGUUUUGAACCUUUGAAAGUCGAAAAAAUAUAGAAGAACAAAUUAUUAGAAGAAAGAUCACUUUCUCCAAUAAAGCCUAAAUUUCUUGAGGAUAAUAAAUUAAAAGGAUUAUUAAAUAUAGUUUAAGAUAGAAAUAAAUUAAUAAGUUAAAAACUAUUAGACAUACCUAUUAGUGGAUCAGCUAGUAAUACAAAAAAAAUAAAGUUUAACUUUAAGAAAAUAAAUAUGAAAAUACCUUAAAAAAUACAAAUUUCUAGAGAAGAUCCAGAAAGUAAUAAGAAGUUCUUAAUAAAUACACUUCGAAAAAAUUCAGUGAUUCAUAAUUAAGUGGAUAUAUAAAGACCUUUAAGAUCUAAAUCGGAUAUUGAAAGAGUAAGAUCUAAAUCAAAUUUAAAAUAAGUUAGUCCUUAUAAAGAUCAAUAAAUAGAUGAACAAUAAAAAAAGAAAACUGUUAGAUUCAAUGAGUUAGUUGAAAUUAGAAUAAUUGAUCGAAUAAAAUCUCAUUUAAUUAAAUAAAUAGUGUGA